AUGGAUUUGGAUUGGUGUCUCACUUGCUCUCAGCAUACUUCGGGUACUUUAUAUUGUUCGGAAGCAUGUCGUCUACAGGAUACUAAUGGUGUUUCUAUAGCAUCGUCAUCAACUUCAAAAUCCUUAUCCUCAACUACUGGCUCUUAUUACUCAUCUUCACCCACUUCACCAUUCUCAUCUCAGUUCUUCAUCUCCAAGCGAAUGCACCAAAAAUUCUUCCCGUUUAAUUAUCAGCCGACGUCGACUUCGACAAUAACAUCAUCGAAUAACAAUACAUCUACUAACCAGCAUAAUAACCAGCAGCAGCAUUAUUUCUCUACAUCUUCCAAAAAACAUCAAAGAAAUUAUCAUUUAGUGGCAAUAAAGUCCACAACUUUCGCAUCCCAAUCCACAGCAAACCGGUUGCCAGUAAUGAUAUAA